UCUCGCGGAGGCCGGGCCGGGCCGGGCGUGAUCUCGCGACGCGUGGUGUCGGCGCGGCUGUGAGCAGCAGAGCGAGCUUUUUGUGUGAGGCGGCGGCGGCGAUGAAUGAGGAAGAAUGAGCGGCUGUGCGCCAUGAAGGUGGGACGUCGGAGCCGCAGGAGAACACACAGGAGAACACACAGGCGGACAGAAUUUGUGUCGUGAAAAAAUAUAUGAAUAUGUUUCUUGGCUUAGUUAAAAAACCAUGGCUCACAGUGUGCAACAUUUACCUCCGACAAUACGCUAUCAGAGCUGGUCUGGCCCAUAAUGUUUUCAAGAACAAUGUGGCCAAUCAAAAUCUGUGGCAUAAUAUAGGAUUACAUUUUCCUAUCAGUGCUGUUGCCCAGCUGCGUUUAUGUUCAUCCAAUGGCAAAAAGGAUGGCACUACUGAUUCCAGUAGUUGCCAAGAACCCCCAAAAACUGGGUCAAGUUCUUCAAGUCAACCUGCUUUGGAGCAAAUCCAAGUGAAAGUUAAAGCUAUUCUGAAGAAACGUGAUUAUGGGUCCACAUACACUCAAAAUAAUUUCAUCACAGCAAUGCGAGCAAUGAAUGAAUUCUGUUUAAAACCCAGUGACCUGGAGAAGUUAAGAAAAAUAAGACGGCGAAGCCCCCAUGAUGAUACAGAAGCUUUUACUGUACAUUUGAGAUCUGACAUAGUAGCUAGGGCUCUUGAGGUGCAUGGAAGUUUGGAAGCGCUUGCAAGGGCAAAACAUCAUCGCAAAGAAGUAGACAUUGUAUAUAAGGAAAAUCUUUUCAGGAACCAGAAAUUAAUGAAGGAAUACCAGGAUUUUUUGGGUAUGACUAUGCCUAGGUCAACUAAGUCAACGCCAUUUUUACAAGGGCCAGGAAAGGUGGUGAUGGUUGCUAUUUGUGUCAAUGGACUGAAUUUUAUCUUCAAACUACUUGCCUGGGUUUAUACAGGGUCCGCAUCGAUGUUCUCAGAAGCUAUACAUUCAUUAGCUGACACUUGCAACCAGGCUUUGCUAGCAGUGGGUGUCAUUCAGUCGUCCAAGAUUCCAGAUCCUGGCCACCCGUAUGGAUUUACAAAUAUGCGCUCCAUUGCAUCCCUCAUCAGUGGAGUAGGGAUUUUUAUGAUGGGUGCAGGACUCUCCUGGUACCAUGGAAUUAAUGGACUUUUACAUCCCCAUCAUAUAGAAUCCUUAAUGUGGGCCUAUUUUAUUCUGGCUGGUUCAUUAGUGUCAGAAGGAGCAACACUUUUGGUAGCAAUAAAUGAACUCCGAAAGAGUGCUCGUGCUAGAGGAAUAACAUUUUAUCAAUAUGUGGUGCAUAGUCAUGACCCGACCACCAAUGUUGUUCUGUUGGAAGAUGCAGCUGCUGUGCUAGGAAUAUUAUUAGCUGGCAGCUGUAUGGCGCUAACGUCCCUUACAGGUAAUCCAUAUUAUGAUAGCAUUGGCUCUCUUGGUAUCGGAACUCUCUUGGGCAUUAUUUCAACAUUUUUGAUCUACACAAAUACUGAGGCUCUGAUUGGGAGGUCGAUCCAGCCAGAAAAUGUACAAAGGCUUACUGAACUUUUGGAGAAUGACCCUUCAGUAAGGGCUGUGCACGAUGUAAAGGCCACUGACAUGGGUAUGAAUACAGUUCGUUUUAAAGCAGAAGUUGAUUUUGAUGGAAGGAUAGUGACAAGAUCUUACCUGGAGAAGCAAGACAUUGACAUAAUCUUAAAUGAAAUUCAGCUGGUAAAAUCUCCUGAGGAAUUGGAAGCAUUUAUGCUGAAACACGGAGAGAAUAUUAUUGAUACAUUGGGAGCCGAGGUUGAUCGAUUAGAAAAGGCACUUAAGCAAAAGUAUCCAGAUGUACGUCAUGUGGAUUUGGAGAUCUUAUGAAAAUGCCAGGAUAUCAAAUGAAAAUCAUCAUAAAUACAAGGGGAAAAAACCCUCCAAUGUCUACUGUAGUCAUUGUAAGCUAAUAUUAUCACAUGCUGUUAUUUAAAACAUUUCAUGAUCCAAUUUAUGGAAGGCUGACAUGGUUGCAGUGGUAUGGAGGGAUCUAUUGUGUUGUAACAUGGUUAAGGAAGUGGUUCAAACAUUGAUUAUUAGCAGUGCAACUAUUUUGAAUAUCUUCCUGGCUGCUAUUCAUUAGAAUGCUAUUCAUCAGAUUGUUCAGAAGCCAGGCAUGGUUGGGGCAGGAAUGAGAUUGAAAUAGACAGCUUGGCCCACCUGUUCUCAAGUCUGAUAGAUAAACUAACUUUCCAUUGAAACAUAUUCCUUGGUUUGCUGAUGUAAAAUUACCCUGAUUCAAACAUUACACCAUUCUGUUUCAUCUUGUUCAGGUUUGACAUAAUGCUAACUGAAAAGAUGAAGGCUAACUUCACAAUCUUUUUUAAUUCUGGGUCCAUUGAGUUUACUCGUAAAUUUAAACCAAAAUUAUAUGGAAGGAAAUAAAAUGCAUCUUAAUCUCUUACAUGCAAAGUCCUGAGUUUCAUUUCAAAUCUUGGAGAAUAUUUCACAGUGAGAAACAAAAUUAUCUAAUAUUUAAGUUUGAAUUUUAGUACUCAGACCAUAAUGGGAGCGUUUUCAGAUUUGUGGUAUGAGUUUAUCAAAUAGCGAAUCCCCUUAUUUAAACUAAAAUCAGAAAACAGAAGUUGACUUACUUUAUGAAAUAUUUAACAACCCAAAGGAUACAUUAUGUUGUGGUAAUCUGGGAAACUCAGCAAAUGCUACUCAAAUUGCUUUACAGGAAGAGCUGAAAUUUGCCCUUGUUUACAUUGUGAGUGUCGUAUCCAUCCACCAAAGUAAAUACUUAUUUAUUAAUGGUAAUAGGCAAAGCAGAGAACUGUGUUCAGUUUAGAAAUUACAAGUUUGCUGUUACAUGCAAAAUCUGCUGAAAUUAUCAUUUGAACUUAGUGAUCUAAACUAUAUAUGUAUAUUUAUGAAAUUGAAAAAUUAGUGGAACACACCAGAGCUGUACAUCUUUUUUGACAGCAUGGGAGUUAGAACUGUUGGAAUUAAAGGUGCUAUAAAAAUCUUGAAGUCCAUCUCAUUUAAGGGUGCAAGAUGAUGUGUUUACCAAAUCCACUCGUUUCUAAUCUCUUUUUGCCAUUUCUAAGAGAACCAAUUAAAACAUCAAUAGUUCUGAACAAGUUCUAAAUGCCUGUAAGUUCAGUACAAAAUGCUGUGACGAUACAGGCUACCUCCCCCAAGCUUUUUAGCAGUUCGGGUAACAGACAUUCGCCCUUACAGAAUUCAUAAAUCAGUAUUCCAAAAAUUGAGAUAAUGCAUUUGAGAAGUUCGUGAGAGUGGGUUGGAGAUAAUGAAUAAAUCAUUUUUUUCAACUUGAGUUUCGUAUGCAUGUACAGGUGACGCAACCUUGCGUUAUGGAAAAUCGCGAUGCGGGCCAGAUUCUAGGAUCACAAACCUCCCACAUAACAUUGGAGUUGAUUGUAAUUUCAGUAUAUUUGGUAUGGGAAAUUAAAAUAUAUGUGAAUUGGGAGUCAUGUUUUGAGACUGGAAUUAAGGUCAGCAUUGAGAACAUUUACCUUGUAAUCACAACAGAAGUUAAUUGGUAUGCCAAAAUCUUUAAUUUUUCAAAAAUGGCAUUGCGCAUUUCGAGCGUUCACUAAUAUUUUAGAAACAUAGAAACAUAGAAAAUAGGUGCAGGAGGAGGCUAUUCAGCCCUUCGAGCCAGCACCACCAUUCAUUGUGAUCAUGGCUGAUCGUCCCCAAUCAAUAACCCGUGCCUGCCUUCUCCCCAUAUCUCUUGACUCCACUAGCCCCUAGAGCUCUAUCUAACUCUCUCUUAAAUCCAUCCAGUGAUAUGGCCUCCACUGCCCUCUGUGGCAGGGAAUUCCACAAAUUCACAACUCUCUGGGUGAACUUUCUCACCUCAGUCUUAAAUGGCCUCCCCUUCAUUCUAAGACUGUGGCCCCUGGUUCUGGACUCGCCCAACAUUGGGAACAUUUUCAAUUGCAUAUUCAAUUUUUGCAUGCAAAAUAUUUGAAAUCAAUUUUUUUUUUUUUCAUAGAUAUUCUACAGUUUAUGUUUUAUAUUAAGCCAGCCUUUAGUGAAAAGGCUAGAAUGAUAUAAGAGGAUUUGUAAAUGAUUUAUGCGUUUAAACUCACCAAAAUUGUUGUUCUAGAGACAAAUGGUAAUUAUUUUGUUACACGUUAUACAGAUCAUUUAAGAGAAAUAAUUUAAUCUUGCACUGUUUCACGAUAUGUAUAUAAAUUACAUUUGGUUGUAGAAAAUGCUGAAUUUGGAUUUCUGGACAUAAUGGAUUGCCUUGAUUAUUAAUUACCAUAAACUGCUAAGUGAGUGAUCCUGUUUUCUCAAUCCCGACAAUCUACCCUGAUGCACCUUCGGGAAAACAAUUUUCAACAUUAAAAUACAUUUGGCUUUUUUUCGCCUAAUAAGUUGGGUCAGUUUUGUAAAAAGAUCAAUGAAUGUCUUGGAACCUUAAUUAACUAAACCAUUAAUAAUGCACAAUAUAAUAUUUCACAAUUUAAUUGCUUUGUUAUAAAUAAACCAACAUAAAAAUGCAGACAGCAACAAUGUUAUGGCUAAAUGCAAAAGUAGCCAUGUCUUGUUUGAACUUUUUUUUACAUGUCAUGUUAAGAAUGCAACAUAGCAGACAAUGCCUUGCUCGAAGUAAAAUAUAUUUUAUCAUCUUU